ACGAUCGGACUCAGUCCGACUCAGUUCGUCUGGAGACGCGUAGUGGUGUAGAGGUGUGCCGCUCAUCGCUCCCGCCGCGAUAACAGGACUCGGUAGAGAGUAUCAGAGCUUUGCUGCUGGAGGUAUUUUGGAAACGUGUGUUUAGAGCAUGGAGGCUGAAACUAAUGUGCUGUGAAGAGGCCAGUUAAGUGCAGGAAAGUGUUUUGUCGACAAUAAUUACUAGAAUACUUGGGUUUAUCUGGAAAGAGAGUUUCUCCCCAAGUAUCGACACAGGUGAACGGAAGGCAAGACAGACGGAGAGAGGGAAGGAAGAAGGACUUUCUCUCCCGCCCUCAAAUAGCAGAUCGCCUGUGGAGUGCAUCGCCUUCUCUCUUCUUCUCUCCCUCUUUGGUGUCAGUAGCGGGCCGUUGUCUUCUGUUCGGCUAGCCCACACGUUUAUCCCCUCGCGUGCCACCAUGGAAGGAGGCGGCGUGACAUGGCGCACUUUCUGGGCGCAUGGGGCACUAUGUGCUGGCCACCCAUGGGAGGUGAUCUUCUUUGUCAUCACCUCCACUAUCGCUAUGAUAUCCUUUGCCGACUGGUAUAAGGUACCUGGUCAGCCACGCACACCUCAGGAGUACCAGGGGCUGGACGUGGUGGUGAUGACGGUGCUGCGCUGCUCAGCUCUCCUGUACACUUACCACCAGUUCCGCACCUUACAUCGCUUGGGCUCUAAGUACAUACUUGGAGUGGCAGGGCUAGUGGUGGUGUUCUCCAGCUUUGUGUUCAGCUGCUCUGUCAUCAAGCUCCUGGACAGUGAUGUGUCAGACCUCAAAGAUGCCUUGUUCUUCUUGUUGCUACUGGUGGACCUGAGUCGCACCAGUCUGCUGGCCCAGUUUGCCCUCUCCUCCUCAAGUCAGACAGAAGUGUGCACUAACAUUGCCUAUGGAAUGGCACGCCUUGGCCCCUCCCUCACCCUGGACACCAUCGUGGAGGCACUGGUCAUUGGUGCUGGCACUCUCUCAGGUGUGAGUCGGCUGGAGCAGAUGUGUGCCUUUGCCUGUAUGUCAAUCCUGGUCAACUAUAUCGUGUUCAUGACUUUCUUCCCAGCCUGCCUCUCCCUCAUCUUGGAGCUUUCCAAUCGGUGCUCCUCUGGCAGCCCCCCCUGGCAGAUGGCAACUCUUGCCCGGGCCAUGGUGGACCAGGAAAAGCCCAACCCUGUGGUGCAGCGAGUCAAGGUGAUCAUGUCUGCUGGGCUGCUGCUGGUGCAUGGCAUCACCCGUUGGUCUGUGUCCCUCACCCAACACACAAUUACCCUCACUGAUGCUGCCACCUCCCUCAAUUCUUCCACUGACCCACAUGUCAUUGUCAGGCUACUGAAUGCUGGGCUGGACCACGUUGUAUUCAUGGUGAUCCUGGCUGCCCUUAUCAUCAAGUAUGUGAUGUUUGAGUCCCAUGGUCAGUUGGAGGAGAGUCUAAUUCACGAUAGCCUCAACCACCAGCGGGACAGCUUCUCCAAUAUCUCAGUCAAAGGAGGGAAGAGCAUGGCAUCUGGACUGCGGCAGCGCACUCGAUGCCACACUGGCAGCUUCAGUUGGCAGGGUGAAGAGAUGCCAGUGGAGGCUGACAGAAAGGACCAAGGCAGCCAGACAGAGGAGCGAGGCAUGGAGGUGGUGCGUGAAGUUGAUGCUCCUACAGUUGAUGACAGCCGCUCUCCCCGUACGUUGGAGGAGUGUGUGGCAGUGAUGAAGUCAGAGGCUGGAGCCAAGUCGCUGAGUGACAGUGAGGUGGUCCUGCUGGUGGAAAAGAAGCAGCUCCCUGGAUACCAACUGGAGAAGGUGUUGGAGGACCCCCUGCGUGCAGUGGGAGUGCGACGCCGUGUGGUGGCUCCUCACACAGCCAACCUCACUGCCCUGGAUGCUUUGCCCUACUGCCACUAUGACUACUCCAAGGUUGUGGGCGUGUGUUGUGAGAAUGUGGUUGGCUACAUGCCAGUGCCAGUGGGUGUGGCUGGACCCUUGCUGGUGAACGGCAAGAAGUACAUGGUGCCACUGGCCACCACUGAGGGCUGCCUGGUGGCUUCAACCAACAGGGGCUGCCGGGCACUAGUCAAUGGCGUCAAGAGUCAGAUCAUCCGGGAUGGUAUGACCCGAGCGCCCAGCGUUAGGCUUCCCUCUGCCACCCAGGCCACGGAGGUGUACAUGUGGCUCAGGAAGCGGGAGAACUUUGCUAUCAUCAAGGAAGGGUUUGACUCCACCAGUCGCUAUGCUCGCCUGCAAGACCUUCACGUGGGCAUUGCUGGUCGCCUGUUGUAUAUGCGCUUUGUGGCUCAUACAGGGGACGCAAUGGGCAUGAAUAUGGUUUCUAAGGGGACUGAGGCAGGAUUGAAGGCCCUCAAGAAAUUUUUUCCUGAAAUGGAGGUGUUGAGCAUGAGUGGAAACUAUUGUGUGGACAAGAAACCUUCAGCCAUUAAUUGGAUAGAGGGCCGAGGGAAAUCAGUGGUUUGUGAAGCCGUGGUCCCAGGGAAGGUGGUGACUGAUGUGCUGAAGACUCAGGUGCCUGCCUUGGUGGAGGCCUGCAUCACUAAGAAUUUGGUGGGCUCCUCCCUAGCUGGCUCUAUUGGGGGUAACAAUGCCCAUGCUGCCAACAUUGUGGCUGCCAUGUUCAUUGCCUGUGGUCAGGACCCAGCACAGGUAGUGGGGAGCAGCAACUGCAUGACACUGAUGGAGCAGUGGGGCGAGUAUGGAGAGGACCUGCACAUUACAGUGACUAUGCCCUCUCUAGAGGUGGGCACCGUUGGGGGUGGCACCUCCCUACACCCUCAGGCCUCUUGUCUCAGCAUGCUCAAUGUCAAAGGUGCAAAUGUAGAGAAUCCAGGUGAGAAUGCCUGCCAGUUUGCCAAGAUCUUGGCAUCAACAGUGUUGGCUGGAGAGUUAUCCCUGAUGUCUGCCUUAGCUGCUGGACAUUUAGUUAAAAGUCACAUGGCCCAUAAUAGAGCCAAAGUUCCUGCCACUAAUCCCAACUCUGGCUCUCUACCUUCAAUUCCCUCCAGUGAGAACAUAGUCACCAUCAAAGCAACUAGUCCUACUAUUAGUGCUCCUCCUGCAUCCCCCCUUCCCCCAACCACUACAAGCCUGUCCUGCCCUGCCAUCCCUGCCCUCCUCCCUAUUGCCCCUAACACCUCCGAAGACUCUGGCUCUAGACACCCUGUCUCUCUCACCUCCUCUCCUGUAGAGCCAUUGCAGCCACUUAUCAUAGAGGAAUCUUCAGGUAAGAAAGAGAACAAGAUUGCUGAGACAGAUGAGCAGGUCAGCUCUACACAUUCUGUACCUGCAUGCCAAGACCCACAGAACAUGUCCUUACCUCCAUUCUCAAAGUGAUAUACCAUUAAACUGUUGAGUAUAUUCAUUUCAUUUCUUCUAUAAAAAGUCUUGGGGAUAGCAAAGCUUCACACAUUGGGAUGUUUUUUGUAUCAGUGUACCAACAUUUGUUUGUUUUACAUUGUUUCAAAAGUACUUUCAGAUCCUUUACAUUAUAGUAAUGAUAGGUAAACACUUCCAUAGACAGUUUCUUUCUGAUUUUAUGAAGUUGAAAAAUCAGAUAUACCUUUUAAAAGACAAGAUUUUAUUUCUCUAGAAAUUUGUUUUAAAUAGACAAUUAUUAAUUGAAAAUUCUUUAAGGAAAAUUGUUUUGAGAUAAUAGUGUGAAAUUUUUUUUUAAAGUUCUGUCAUUAGAAUGAGAUAAUAAUAAGCUUAGGGUUGUGGACCUUGUACAUAUGUCAACAUCAUGUUUUUGCAUGUAAAAAACAUGUAGAAACAAGUGACAGAAGCUUUAUUUCUUUAAGAAUUAAUAUACUGAAAAAUUGUGAAGCGUGAAUAUGUGAAAGAGGACUAUCAGGCGGCUGUCAGUCACUAGUGCAAUCCAGGGUGUCUUAUGCAUCCAACAAUGUGUUUCUUGUUAAAUACUGGUAAUACUUACCUUCAUCAAAUUAUGUUAAGAUGUGUAAAACUAGACAAUGAAAAGUAUAUUAUGGAAGCUUUUCAUGAAGAUGUUUAUUUCAUAAAUGUGUAUCCUUUUAUCCUAAUUCUUACCUUCACAAACAUUCCAGCUAUUCAUUAUCACAUUCAUGUAUCCACCUUGAUACUGAACCAGUUAUGCAUAAUGGUCCACCCAUUUGAUGUAACUGAAAUCAAGAUGGUGUUCUGGCAGUGAGUUAAAUGUCCUAGUCCAGUUGUGGGAAACACUCAAGAGCUGUUUAGAUCAUUGUGUAUUCUUUUCUUGAGACUCCUGAGUACUUUGUGUGUCUCUAAUAUUAAUCCUGAUGGUGUGUGGGUAACUUGAUUUAUGUUAUAGAAAACAGAAAUGCCUUCAGCUUACAGACUGCCAGGGCCAAUACUUAUAAAGAUCUAGGAUUAGAUCCUAAGAUCACAUCUAAUUAGACUGCAUCCAACUAAAGAUUCAAAAUAGGAUGUUGUCUCAGAGAGCAUCUCAGACUAAUUGGAAACAUGUCAAGAUAGCACAGCAGCUGUUUGUUUAGGUAAAACAUAAUUUUUACUCUAUAAAUCAUCCAAAAAGUGUACAAUUUCUGAUGGAAAUUAAAACUGAUUUUUCUAUGAAAAAGCUUUAACUUUAAUGAAAAAAAUAACACAUGAAUACGUUUAGUAUAUUGUCAACAAAAUGCCCUUUUUAAAAUCAACAAAAAUCAAACAUGGUGGCAGGGAAACAUCAUUAAGUGAUUUCCCAUAAAAGUAAAAUAGAGAAUUACUGAGGGCAUAAAGGAAACACACCACUUAGCCUAUCUAUAUGAGGAGAAGCUUCUGUGGGUUGACCUUCCAACUCCAUACAUCAUGGUUAAAGGCAAGAAUGAAGCCUGGCAGAGAAUAAGUGACCCCUUGGCAGGGGAAUAUCCCAGUGGCCAGUGAUCUGUAAAAGACUGGAGACACUUUCUUUUAUAAAGUUACUCAUUGUUUGUUGUGAUUAGCCCAAGUCAUCAGUGUUAAACUGUUGCAUUUUCCUUAUAGCAAAAAAUAUCUAAGAAUGGCAAUCACUUUCAUCUUGUAAGUAAACACCUUAUAUCAUGGUGAUGGGAUUGAAAUGAUAUCUCGCUCUAAAUCUGUCACAAAUACGAUACUUUCUCAAUAUCUUUUGAUAAGUUCUGCAUGAUUCAUUUUGUUCAGAAUGUCUCCCCUUUCACAGAAAGUUUUUGAAUGAAGCUGAGCUGCUAUCACUACCAUGCUUCUUUACUGUUUUGAAGAUGGUCUCAGACACCAUCUUAAACCUUAUUCCACCUCGCACCCAGCUCUACCUAAGAAGCACGUCUGAGAUUAUGUUUGACGCCUUAGGAUGUGAUCCCAGUUAUUUAGGAUGCUCAUCUGCCAUUUUAUGGCUUAAGACAUACACAUAGUCAUUUCAGAAAAAAAUCUUUUCUUUAUAAGUAAGGUCCCUGGUGUAGUAAAAAUUGCUUGCUUUGGCUCUGAGAUAAUGAUGUACCUUAGUUCAUCCAAGUUGCUAAUAUACAUUAAUUCCAGUAUAUAUCUCAGGUGUUAUCUUAUAAAGUACUUAGCUAUCUUCAUUUAGAAAUUUAUCAUAACCUUCCCAUUAUAAAAUAUAUGGCUUAAUAUCAUAUAUGCAGGUAUUAAAGAUUAAUUACUACAAUGUUGUUGUAGCCACUUCAUUGAAGCAAACUUCAUCAUAACAGCCAAUUAACCUGAGUGAUUAAAAAUUAUAAGUGUGAAGUUAAUGUUUGCAGUUAUUGAGUGAGUGCCACUAAUCUGUUUUGUAUCUAAAAUAUUUCAUCUCACUGACAUAAUGGUAGGUUGAGUAUUGCCUGAUACAUAAUGUAGUGGCUUUGUGAUGUAGAGUCUUAGACACUCCCCUCACUACUGAAAGGAACUAGAUUCCAGGGGAGAGUUUAGGCUUGCAUUCUGUGAGUUCUGGCCAAGAUUCCCAAAGUGGUAUGGUAUUUAACUUAAUUGCCCUUUAGGCCCUUUCUUCGUCUUCCAAUAGAAACGCUUGUGAAAACUGUUGAUACUUCAGCUUUUUUUGUAAGCCAGAAUCACCAAUACAUAGUCUAUGGAAUUAUAUUCUUCAGACAUAUCAGAAUGAAGGGUAAAAGGACUGAGUAAAUGUUAACCGUGAUGCACAUUGUAGUGAAAAUGCUGGUCAGCUUUAAUCAUUCAAGUGUAUUUACUUUCUACAAAGAUGUUGUUUUUGCUUGUAAGCCAGAAUCACCAAUACAAGGUCUGUGGAACUAGAUCAUUCAGACAUACACCAUCAGAAUGAAGGGUAAAAGGCCUGAGUAAAUGUUAACCAUGAUUCACAUUGUAGUGAAAUUGUUGGUCAGCUUUAAUCAUUCAAAUGUAUUUAGUCUAGUAAAGAUGGUGUUUUGGAGUAUUUGACAAGAUGUGUUUGUUAUUUUCAUGCACAAAUUUCAUUUCAACAGUUGACAGUAUAAAUGUAAAAAUAUAUGUGGAGAUUAUUAUUUAUUUGAGUAAUUUUAUAAAUGUAUUACUGGUAUUAUUGUUACUAUUAUUUCAAAAAAUAAUUAUUAUUCUGCUCUUUUAUUGGAGCUCUUGCUCUCUUUAGUAUUAUGUUAUGUAAGUCUGAGAUUUGCAAGCUUGUGAUAGAUCUUUAAACAAACUGCUGUCAAUAUUGCUUCUUUCAAAAAUAUAGUUACACUGACAUGCAUGCAAGUGAAUUUAGCAGCAGUGCCAUUUUCCAGA